CAUUGCAAAGGGAAAUCUAACCUGUGAGCACGCUCGCCGAGAUGACAGUGCGACGGCAAAAUGUAACGCGCACGAGAGGAGGUCGGAAUAAAUAGCGUGCAGUGCUCAUUAAAUACCGUGUGCCUCGAUACUUAUGGAAAUUAGCUGAUCAGCAGCAUGGCAGAGACUUGGCUGGAUGACGUGGGAAGGUGGCAGUGGAACUGGACGGUGUUGUGCGGACAUCCUGGUGGUAUUAAUCCGUUGAAUCGCGAGACACAUGACCUGGACGUCUGCUUCCAGCAGCUCUGGCUUCAGACACCAGUAUUAGCCCUGAUAGCUAUCACUUCUGCGUACUACUGCGGCAAGAGAAACGGCCUCUCGUCCCGGCAACAACGCGUGUACAACUCUAUAAACAUAAGAAUCCUAAUCACCAUAUGCCUCGCGAUACUGCCUAUCGUGAGAGCCUACAUCAUCCUGACUAACACCACUAUUUCUCAGCACAACGGAGUGCAAGAGUACAGUACGCCAGUGCCGGGCGAAUCACAGACUUCUCUUCGCAGCAACGCCAACUCAUCCUUGUAUGAGACAAACAUCAUAAGCAGGAUACGCGACGGACUCGACAGCACUGUCAGACAGCUCGCCAAGGCAGUCCUGUCGCCGGGGGACGUUAGAGACACGACUACUGCUUCACCGUAUACCGAGAAUUAUGAGCUGACGAUCGCGGAAGUCACGAAUCAAUCCACUUCAGCCAAACCGGUGGACUAUCUCGUGGCCGCUACCGAGGGCCUGGCAUGGGUCGUGCAUCUCUGCUACCUGCUGAGCCUGAAGCGUGGUCGUAAUACCAAUCCGCGGGGCUCGGUGCUGAUACGCGCGCUGAUAUUCCUCCUGAUUGUCGUCUCGGUGCUGCUACUACGCAGCCACGUCAAUAAUAGGCCGAGAGACGAUGUUUUGCCGAAUUUAUCGCUGGGUUUCAGCAUCAGCGUAGUAACUUUCCUGAUACUGUAUACCAUAACACUGAUACCGGGCCCCGGCGGUUCGGAGCGCGUGUCAUCGCGAAAUGUCACGGCUGGAGAACGCACCGCGUUACUGAGCAGCCCCACUUCCUCAUACGUACAAUUCCCGGAGGAGCAGGAUCCAACCUACCUCGGGAUUGCUAUGGAGGACGCGAGCGUCAUCUCCAAGCUCCUGUUCCACUGGGUGACGCCGUUGAUGCAGAAAGGCGUCAAGGGACUGUUAAAUCAUUCUGAUGACUUGUUCGACCUGCCCGAUCAGAUCAGCACCAACACGAUCGGUCAUACGAUUGACAAACACUUGCAUAAAACGCCUGCGAGCAACGGAAUCGAGAGCAAUGCGGAAACACCCCUGCGUACGGACGUGAAAGUGAUCACGAAAAAAACGACACUGUUAUAUCUGCUGCAUCAAUGUUUCGGCUGGGAAUUCUACGCGGUUGGAAUACUGAAAUUCAUCUCGGAUUGCAGUGGAUUUAUGGGACCGAUGUUACUGAACAAGUUAAUCGGUUUUAUCGAGGAUAAAAAAGAGCCGAUCUCGUAUGGAUACCUAUACGCGUCUCUGAUGAUACUCAGUGCUAUAAUCGGUGCGUUUUGCAAUACUCACUUUACGUUCUGGAUGUCCGUCGUGGGUUUGAAGAUACGUACCGCAAUCGUCACUUUAGUCUACCGAAAAACACUACAUUCUUCUAAUAUCGAUUUAAAUCAGAAUUUUAAUUACGGUGAAAUCGUCAAUUUCAUGAGCACCGACAGCGAUCGAUUGGUCAAUAGCUGUCCCAGUUUCCACACGUUUUGGAGCAUACCGUUUCAGUUAUUCGUGACGCUGUAUCUGCUGCACCAGCAAAUCGGAGCCUCGUUCUUAGCUGGCGUUGCGUUUUCGAUAAUACUUAUACCAAUUAAUAAAAUCAUAGCGAGUAAAAUCGGCAAGCUCAGCAUUAAACUGAUGGAAUAUAAAGAUCAGAGAGUCAGAUUAGUAGGAGAAACAUUGCGUGGGAUAACUACGAUUAAAGUUAACGUUUGGGAGGAGCACUUCUUAAGAAACAUCUUGAAGCUAAGAGAGAGCGAAGUGAAAUAUCUACGCAGUAGGAAAUAUCUGGACGCUCUUUGCGUCUACUUCUGGGCGACCACGCCUGUGAUCAUUGCGAUAUUAACGUUCGGGACGUACGUACUGCUCGGGAAUGAACUGGAUGCCAAAACAGUGUUCACCAGUAUGGCGUUGUUGAACAUGUUAAUAGGACCGUUAAACGCGUUUCCAUGGGUUCUAAACGGUCUCACGGAAGCAUGGGUAUCUCUCAAGAGAAUUCAAAGGAUGAUGGACCUGCCGGACAUGGACUCAUCGUUGUAUUAUACGGAUAUUACUCCCGACGUUGAUUUAUUGCUGCAAAGCGUAACGUUGACUGUGAACCGUCCAAAGAGUAACGAUGCAAGUCCGAAAACCGCAAUCACUCCGACCUCCAGCACCGAAAUGAAGAAAAGCGUUACUUUCGAGGACGACGACGUUUUUGCUUUGCAUAAUAUUAAUUUAUCCGUACAGAAGGGACAACUAAUUGGUGUUAUGGGCAUGAUUGGCAGCGGAAAAUCUCUGCUGUUAGAUGGCAUCUUGGCGGAAAUCACGAAAACUAGCGGAAUCAUAGCGGUGAACGACGAUCACAAAGGUUUCGGAUACGUGAAGCAAAGUCCCUGGCUGCAACGCGGCACAAUUCGCGAAAAUAUCCUGUUCGGAAAACCGUACGAUCACAAUAAGUACAAGAGCAUCUUGAAAGCUUGCGCUCUCACGUCUGACUUAAAUUCGCUACCGAACAAAGACCUGACAGCGGUUGGCGAGGCCGGGAACACCCUGAGCGGCGGUCAGAAGACGCGGAUUUCCCUCGCACGCGCCGUGUACGCGGAUAAAGACAUCUACUUGCUGGACGACAUAUUAGCGACGCUGGACAUCAAAGUAGCAAAACACGUUUUCCAGCACGUGAUCCUCGGCUUGCUGCGAAACAAGACGAGAAUACUGUGCACGCAUCAGACCCAGUAUUUGGUACACGCGGAUCUCGUCAUCGAGAUGUCCAAGGGGAAGAUCGUCAAUCAGGGAAAACCGAGCGAUGUGCUGCCCGAUCUGGAAGACUACCUCCUGUCGUCCGAAUCACACGAGUCGAACUUAGACGUCACGUCCGUGAAACUGGUGCCCAACGAGUUCAGUCGCUCGGAAACGAACGAGAUGGAUCCAUUGCUGGAUAAGGAAGCGACUGAAAAAGGCACGGUGCAGCUUUCGGUAUACACGUGCUACGUGAACACUGUGGGACGGUACCUGGCGAUCUCGAUAUUGCUCGCCAUGAUCCUCAUGCAGAGCUCGAGAAACAUCACGGAUCUCUGGUUAUCGUUCUGGGUGACUCAUGCUAACGCCACCGCCAACUCAACCGACAUGUCAGGACUCGGAAGGCUGCAAUUCUACGACAACAAUUCCGGCCCGCGUGAUACGAAGUAUUAUCUAACGAUUUACAGUUUGCUGGCUGUGUUAAACUCGGUCUUCACUUUGAUCAGAGCCUUCAUCUUCGCGUACGGCGGCGUGCAAGCGGCUAUUAUGAUGCACAAGCAACUACUGAGGAUAAUCAUGCGGGCAAAAACAAUCUUCUUCGACACGCAACCGCUCGGCAGGAUAAUAAAUAGAUUCUCGUCCGACGUAUACACGAUCGAUGACUCUCUACCCUUCAUCGCCAACAUUUUACUAGCAAAUCUGUUCGGUUUGAUCGCAAGCGUCAUAGUCACGGCUUAUGGCUUGCCAUGGAUUUUCCUGGUAUUAGCACCGCUUGUCCCGAUCUAUCAUUGGAUACAAAAUCAUUACAGACUAACGUCGAGAGAAGUGAAACGACUGUCCAGCAUCACGCUGUCUCCCUUGUACGCUCAUUUUAGCGAGACUCUGAGUGGACUGACGAGCAUCAGAGCGUUUCGCACAGUACCUCGUUUCCAACAAGAGAACGAAUUGCUACUGGAAGCCAGCCAGAAGACGCAAUUCUCUUCCAUAGCCGCCAGUCAGUGGCUAGCAUUGAGGCUGCAAUUUAUCGGUGUCACUCUUCUGGCUGGUGUCAGCAUCAUGGCAGUACUGCAACAUCAGUACAACAUAGCCGAUCCUGGUCUGAUCGGUCUAGCGAUCACGUACGCCCUGUCCGUAACUGGAUUGCUAUCCGGGGUGGUGAACUCCUUUACGGAGACUGAGCGGGAAAUGAUCGCGGUGGAGCGAGUCAAACAGUAUUUAGAUAACGUGCCAACGGAGAACGCGAUGGGCGACAAUCCGCCUUACGCGUGGCCUAGUCAGGGUGUCGUAGAAUUUAAAGAAGUCGUUUUAAAAUAUAGGGAUCACCUGGUACCGUCAUUGAAGGACGUGACGUUCAUGACGCGACCGGCGGAAAAGAUAGGCGUCGUCGGUCGCACUGGUGCCGGCAAGAGCUCGUUGUUAGCCUCGCUGUUCAGAUUAACAGAAAUCUCAUCGGGCAGCAUACUAAUCGACAACGUGAACGUUCAAAUGUUACAGAUGAAAGCGCUGAGAUCCCGCAUGGCUAUUAUACCUCAGAAUCCGUUUCUCUUCUCGGGCACCAUUCGCGAGAACGUGGAUCCGCUGAACCAGUACACCGACAUGCAUAUAUACAAGGCCCUCGAGAAGUGUAAGGUGCAUUCUUUAGUCUAUCGAUUGGGCGGCUUGGGAGCGGUAUUGGACGAAGGUGGCAGCAAUCUCAGCGCCGGCCAGAGACAAUUGUUCUGCUUAGUCAGGGCUGUGCUGCAUAAUGCCAAGGUCGUUUGCAUCGACGAGGCCACCGCGAAUGUAGACCAAGAGACUGAUAAGUUUAUUCAGGCGACAAUCAAGUCUUCCUUCCAAAGCGCGACGGUCAUCACCAUCGCUCAUAGGAUAAGGACGAUUAUGCACUGUGAUAGAGUCCUAGUGAUGGGAGACGGAGAGGUGCUGGAAUUCGACGAGCCAAAUUUAUUGAUUCAGAACGCCGAUUCCUACUUCUACCACCUGGCCAGCCAAGAAUUUUCAGAACAAGAGUGAUCGAGGGCACGAGAUGUGAUUUGAAAAAUCUAUUAUUUUCCUAUGGAAAGUACGACAGGAUUAUAUUUUAUUUUAACAAUAAGCUAAGUGAGUGAGAGAACGAGAGAAAAACAGACGUCACGUCUACCAAAGUGAAUACCUUUUCUAUUUGCGAGAUUGUAUCGUUAAUAUAAUUAUUGUUAAUGUAUUGUAUAUUAUUGUUAUACACGCCAUAAACAUUGCUAAUAAUGAGUAACUAAUAUGUUUGUGAAGAAUUUCACUUAGAAGGUCCAUUUAUAUUUUGUAUACGAAUAAACUUUCAACGAACGUGA